AUGCAAUUUGAGACACUACGCCAGGUCUGCAAUUCUGUUUUAUCUCAUUUUCAUGGGGUUUUCUCAUCCCCUCCAAAUAUUUUACAAAAUGAUCUGUUUGGACAAACGCUGAACAACACUAGGAAAAGAAGCCCGUCAAUAUCAAGAGAACAAAACAGAAGAUACGACCAAAGGGACGAGAGAGACGAAUAUUCACAGUAUGCUACAUCAGACAGUGCAAUGCCCAGGUCACCGUCAGAUUAUUCAGAUAGGCGGUCGCAGCGUGGCCCUCAGUUAUAUGAAGAACCUGAACUGGGUGAUUAUAGAGAUUCCAACAGAAGGAGUCGCAGGCGUUCCAAGGAGUAUCCGGUAGAAGAGGAAGAUGCGCAAAACAGGGAGGAAUAUGAAAGGCAGCGGAGGGAAGAGGAAUACCAGGCACGAUACCGAAGUGAUCCUAAUUUGGCUCGUUAUCCAGUCAAGCCACAACCAUAUGAGGAACAAAUGCGUAUGCAUGCUGAAGUGUCCCGAGCACGUCAUGAAAGGAGACAUAGUGAUGUCUCACUGGCAAAUACCGAGUUGGAAGAUUCUCGGAUGUCUAUGCUGAGGAUGGAGCGACCAUCAAGACAAAGAUCAGUGUCUGAGCGCAGGGCUGUCAUGGAAAAUCAACGUUCAUACUCUAUGGAAAGAACUCGAGAGGCUCAGGGACCAAGUCCCAAUCGUCAGAGGACCACAAAUCAUAGCCCUCCUACACCUAGGAGGAGUCCAGUUCCUCUGGAAAGACCAGACAUGAGGCGCUCUGAUUCAUUAAGGAAACAACACCAUUUGGAUCCCAAUUCUGCCGUACGGAAAACAAAACGUGAAAAGAUGGAAACCAUGUUACGGAAUGAUUCGCUUAGUUCAGAUCAGUCUGAAUCUGUCAGACCUCCACCACCAAAGCCCCAUAAAACAAAAAAGGGAGGUAAAAUGCGUCAGGUUUCCUUAAGUAGCUCAGAAGAAGAAUUGGCAUCCACACCAGAAUAUACAAGUUGUGAUGAUGUAGAGAUUGAAAGUGAAAGUGUUAGUGAAAAAGGAGACAUGGAUUACAACUGGUUGGACCAUACGUCUUGGCAUAGCAGUGAGGCAUCCCCAAUGUCUUUGCACCCAGUAACGUGGCAACCAUCCAAAGAUGGAGACUGUCUCAUUGGUCGGAUUUUGUUAAAUAAACGACUAAAAGAUGGAAGUGUGCCUAGAGACUCAGGAGCAAUGCUUGGAUUGAAGGUAGUAGGAGGAAAGAUGACUGAAUCAGGUCGACUCUGCGCAUUUAUCACCAAAGUUAAAAAAGGAAGCUUAGCUGAUACAGUGGGGCAUCUGAGACCAGGUGAUGAAGUAUUAGAAUGGAAUGGAAGGCUACUACAAGGAGCCACCUUUGAAGAGGUGUAUAACAUCAUUUUGGAAUCCAAACCUGAGCCACAAGUGGAGCUUGUUGUAUCAAGACCAAUAGGGGACAUUCCCAGAAUACCUGACAGCACACAUGCACAGCUGGAGUCCAGUUCUAGUUCAUUUGAAUCUCAAAAAAUGGACCGACCUUCUAUUUCAGUGACUUCUCCUAUGAGUCCAGGCAUGUUAAGGGAUGUUCCACAGUUCUUGUCUGGACAACUUUCAAGCCAAAGCCUUAGUAGAAGAACAACGCCUUUUGUUCCUAGGGUUCAGAUAAAACUGUGGUAUGACAAGGUUGGUCAUCAGUUAAUAGUGACAAUACUGGGAGCAAAGGAUCUUCCUUCAAGGGAAGAUGGGAGGCCAAGGAAUCCUUAUGUUAAAAUUUACUUUCUUCCAGACAGAAGUGAUAAAAACAAAAGAAGAACAAAAACAGUAAAGAAAACAUUGGAACCUAAGUGGAAUCAGACAUUCAUUUAUUCUCCAGUUCAUCGGAGAGAAUUUAGAGAACGAAUGUUAGAAAUUACUCUUUGGGACCAAGCACGAGUUCGAGAGGAAGAAAGUGAAUUUUUAGGAGAGAUUCUUAUUGAGUUAGAAACAGCAUUAUUAGAUGAUGAACCUCACUGGUACAAACUUCAAACACAUGAUGUCUCUUCAUUACCACUUCCCCAUCCCUCACCAUAUUUGCCACGCAGACAACUCCAUGGCGAAAGUCCCACACGGAGGCUACAAAGGUCCAAAAGAAUCAGCGACAGUGAAGUCUCCGAUUAUGACUGUGAUGACGGAAUUGGUGUUGUUUCAGAUUACCGACAUAACGGGAGAGAUCUUCAAAGUUCAACGCUAUCAGUGCCAGAACAAGUUAUGUCAUCUAAUCAUUGCUCUCGAUCAGGAUCCCCUCACCGUGGAGAUAGCAUAGGACGGACUAGGUCGUGGUCUCCCAGUGUCCCUCCCCCACAAAGUCGGAAUGUGGAUCAGGGACCACGAGGGACUCGAUCUACUCCUGUGCAUUACAAUACCCUGAACCGAAUGGAUAGACACCGUGUAAUAGAUGACCACUACUCCCCGGACAGAGAGAGUCAUUAUGUCACUUUACCUCGUUCCCGGUACACCCAGUCUACAGAUCACCAUUACAGAGAUGCCAGGAAUUGUGAAGCAGCAGAUAGACAGCCCUAUCAAAGAUCCAGAUCAACAGAGCAACGUCCUAUGCUAGAGCGGACCAACUCCCGCUCCCGAUCCACAGAGCGUCCUGACUCAAACCUCAUCAGGUCGAUGCCUUCAUUAAUGACCGGAAGAUCUGCCCCUCCUUCACCUGCCUUACCGAGGUCACAUCCUCGUACUGGUUCUGUUCAGACAAGUCCAUCAAGUACUCCAGUAGUAGGGCGAAGGGGCAGGCAGUUACCACAGCUCCCACCAAAGGGGACGUUGGAGAGAAUGAUCACAGAAGAAGCGGAAUCAUCAAGGAGAAGAAACUCAGGUGCAAUGGAUGUAGAAGAGAGGAAUCGCCAAAUGAAAAUGAGCAAGUACAAACAGGUAGCAGGAUCAGAUUCCAGGCUGGAACAAGAUUAUCAUUCUAAGUAUCGGUCAGGACGGGAUCCUCAGCGAGGCUCAGAUAACGUUUCCAACAAGUCUUCAGACAGCGAUGUCAGUGAUGUCUCAGCUGUGUCACGCACAAGCAGCGCUUCACGCUUCAGCAGCACAAGCUACAUGUCUGUCCAGUCAGAGCGGCCAAGAGGAAACAAGAAAAUAAGUGUCUUUACAUCCAAAAUGCAAAGCAGACAGAUGGGCGCCUCAGGAAAGAACAUGACCAAGAGCACCAGCAUCCCCGGGGACAUGUACACACUAGAGAAGAAUGAUGGCAGCCAGUCGGACACAGCAGUGGGCACUGUUGGUGGUGGCAGCAAAAAAAGACGCUCCAGCAUCGGUGCAAAGAUGGUCGCCAUCGUGGGUCUCUCGCGAAAAAGCCGUAGCACGUCACAACUCAGCCAAACUGAAGCAGGGGGCAAGAAGCUGCGGAGCACCGUCCAGAGGAGCACUGAGACAGGGCUGGCCGUGGAGAUGAGGAACUGGAUGACCCGUCAGGCCAGCCGGGAGUCGACGGAUGGGAGCAUGAACAGCUACAGCUCUGAGGGAAAUUUGAUUUUCCCUGGUGUGAGGUUGGCUGCAGACAGCCAGUUCAGUGAUUUUCUGGAUGGACUUGGUCCUGCCCAGCUUGUAGGACGACAGACUUUGGCAACACCAUCAAUGGGAGAUAUCCAGGUAGGAAUGAUGGACAAGAAAGGACAACUGGAAGUAGAAAUAAUCCGAGCCCGUGGCCUUGUUGUAAAACCAGGUUCAAAGACACUGCCAGCACCAUAUGUAAAGGUGUAUCUAUUAGAAAAUGGGGUCUGCAUAGCCAAAAAGAAAACAAAAGUAGCAAGAAAAACGCUGGAACCACUAUAUCAGCAACUUCUAUCAUUUGAAGAAAGUCCCCAAGGCAAAGUUUUACAGAUAAUUGUUUGGGGAGACUAUGGACGUAUGGAUCACAAGUCCUUUAUGGGAGUGGCACAGAUACUUUUAGAUGAACUGGACCUGUCCAACAUGGUGAUUGGGUGGUUCAAACUCUUCCCUCCUUCUUCGCUAGUAGACCCAACUUUAGCUCCUCUCACUAGAAGAGCUUCCCAAUCAUCUCUUGAAAGUUCCACAGGACCUUCAUAUGCUCGCUCAUAGCAGCUGUGAAACUGUUGUCAUAGCAACCAGCGUUACAAAAAAAAAAAAUUACAGGUCGCAAACCCUGGUAACACUGCAUGCUUAAUGUUGUGUCUUCUGAGCCUGUUUCUAGGGCUGCAACGCGAUCCUGUGUUCUCAAGGAAGUUGCACACAUUGUGCCCUACAGAAGGCCCUCAGGUGAAGGACUGAAGUCAUGAAGAACUGAUAGGUUUGGAGUUCAGGGACACUCGGUUUUGGUCCAAUCUGAAGCCAUGGACUAAACUAGAAGAAUCAAUCUGUUUCAUGCAACAAAAGUCCUUUUCAAUGGCAUAUCUGUUUUGUUGCUCCUGUUUCGUUAGUUAUCUGCCCUCCCUUCCUAAAGCUUGGUUAUGCCACAGAAAUGGAGUUACCUUCCCAUGAAGCCAUGUUACAAGUCAGUGGAUUAGCGGACAUUGGAAGAAAAGAAGAAUGUAAGGAUGCUGGAAAAGCCAACUGUCAUUUGAAACAGUUGCUUGAGAUCCGAAAACUCUUCGUACUGAAAAGAUUCAAGACUCAAAGUGGCGGGCUUCAAACCUCCAGCUAUAGAUACAGUGAAAACCCAGAUGUGAUGGACUCUCUGAAAAAUAAAAUUCUGUGGAUAUACUGUACUGUAUGAAAUUAAAGAAACUUUUUUGCAUGGACACAGAUUUAGCUGAACACUUAAAUUAUUUUCUUGGGGCUGCAACUUGCAAAAAAACAAAAAAAAGAAUAAAUCAGCCAUUUUCAACAAUUUAUAUUAUUUUUAAAAAUAAAUUUCACUAGUGCAUGGUUUUAAAGGGAAGAGAAUGCAACAGGGUGAUACAAAGACACACCACGUUUAUCAUUCUUUAAACCAGUCAUGGUCUGUGUUUUUGCAGACGUAUAU